ACGUUUGGCCUGCCCCCUUCAGCCAUCCACGGCGCAUCUGAUGCUUCUGCCUCUAACAUCAGCGUGGAUGGGGUAGGGGCUAUGGCCGGGGUGGGAGCUCUGGCUGGGGGGGCUGAAGGGUCAGUGGUAGCCGAGGCCCAGCGGAAACGGGCUGCUCUGGAGCAGCUACAGCAGAAGAUCCUGAAGAGCAUUGAGCAGAUUCGGAUAGAACAGGAGGCACGAAACGACAACGUGGCAGAGUACCUGAAGCUGGCCCACAAUGCCAACAGGCAUCAGGCUUUUCGUAUCAAACAGGUGUUUGAGAAGAAGAACCAGAAGUCUGCACAUACCAUCGCCCACCUGCACAAGAAGCUAGAUCACUACCACAAGAAGGUUAAGGAGAUACAGCAGCAUGGUCUGGGCCGGCAGCCUAAGGAUGUGCUGGGGGACAUGCAACAGGGGCUGAAGGAUGUAGGGGCCAACGUACGAGCAGGGAUCAGUGGCUUUGGUGGAGGUGUGGUGGAGGGUGUCAAAGGAGGCGUGUCAGAACUCACCCAUACAGCUGUGGUGUCUAAGCCCCUGGAGUUUGUCAGCUUGAUCCGCAAUAAAUUCAGCAGCACACACUCGCUGGAGGAUGGUGUGGAGGGGCAUUCAGAUGAUGCACCCCUGAGUAGCAGUGUCACCUUGGCCUCCAGCUCAAAGUACAGCAGUGACGACGAGUGCUCCAGUGACUCUGUGACAGGCAGUCAUUAUUUUGGGGCUGGGGGAGGAGGGGGGAUGUUGGGGCUCGGGCCGGCCAGGCUGGAUUGGAACCACCACCACCACCACAGCUCCUGGGACACCCUGCUGGUGGACCUGCAGGAGAUCAAAGCCAGCCAGGCCCACAUGGAGGACGCCAUCGAGGACAUGAAGAGUCAGCUGCAGAGCAGCUACUCCUACAUGACCCAGUGCCUACAGGAAGAGAAAUACAGGUAUGAGUUACUGGAGGAGCAGCUGAAUGACCUAACAGAGCUGCACCAGAACCAGAUGUCCAACCUGAUACAGGAGCUGGCCAGCAUGGAAGAGAAAGUGACCUACCAGUCCUAUGAGAGAACCAGAGACUCUCAGGAGGCAGUGGAGUCAUGCAUGAACCGCAUCACUAAGUUAGAGAUGCAACAGCAGCAGCAGCAGAUGCUGCAGUUGGAGGGUGUGGAGAACGCCAACGCCCACGCCCUGCUGGGAAAACUCAUCAACAUCAUCCUGGCUGUCAUGGCUGUAGUGCUAGUGUUCGUCUCCACCCCCGCCAACUUUAUCACCCCGCUCAUAAAGACCCGAGCACGGGUGGCCGCCACUGUCAUGCUGGCCCUUUUUCUCUUCAUCCUCUGGAAGUACUCAGACUUCCUGGAACUUUGGCUACUGCCAGACUGACAUUGUUUUGACUUGACCUACCACCUACCCUGAAAAAAAUGAAGGUUCUUAAAUGGUUCUUCCUCAGCUCUUAAGGUUCCUUAGAGAACUCUUGUCCGUUAAAUUACCUUUGAGUUAA